AUGGCGCCACACGGCCCCAGUGGCAUAGAAAUGACGAACCUACCAUCUCGCAGCCCGUCGCAGGACGGCGACGAACCGCCACAGACGAGACCGGUUGCACACGCCCCUCUGCUCGGGACUUAUGAUGUGUUCAGUCUAAUCGUCAACAAAAUGAUCGGCACUGGCAUAUAUACCAACGUGUCCACCGUACUCGUGCUCACUGGCGACAAGGGGCUGACGAUGACGCUGUGGGCGAUAGGCUCGAUCUACACAUUGAUCAGCAUGUUGAUUUACUUGGAGUGCUCCACAGUCAUGCCAUACAAUGGCGGAGAACUUGUAUACCUUGAUGAAUUGACGUCAGGCCGAUCCGGCCGAGGGCGCUCAUGGAUCAAACGGUUGCUAGGAGACGGCUUGUAUGCAUACUGCACGUAUGCAUUCAUAUUCGUCGCGUUCUUCAAUUCCGCCGCAAACUGCCUGCAGAUCGGGCGCUUGUUGCUAUUUGCGAGAAACCCAGAAGAGGAUCCCGACCGCGACUUCUUGCGGACCAUUGCCUUUCUGGUCCUCCUUCUUUUGUGCCUUUUGCAAUACUUCUCUCCCCAAUCGGGACGCGUGCUCAACCAAAUCUUUGCCGCCGUCAAGAUCUUUUUGCUGCUGGUUGUGCUCUGCGCUGGCUGGCACGCGAUACAGGUUGGGACGUACCCAGGGGCAGGGUUUCAACAAUGUGACCCGCCAGCGGCAAGCAUGUCGAAAAUCCAGGUGGCGAAAGCAUUCCUCCUGGUGAUAUUUUCUUACGAAGGUUGGGAGAAUGCGACAUUUGUGGCCGGUGAGAUUGAUCCACAGAGCCCUGUGACCCUGCGCAAAGGGUUCAUCUUUGCAGUCACGGUCGUCAGCAUCUUGUACAUCGCUAUUGUCGCAACUUUUCUUAAGACCAUCCCAUAUGUUCCUAUCGCGAUCAACUACACACCGAUGCUCUUUGGUAACAAUGAGGCGGCAUACAAGGCAUGGUCUGUGUUCAUUGCCAUUUCUUCUCUGGGCAGCCUCAACUCGAUCAUCUACACCUUCUCGCGCAUCAAGCAAAGCAUAGGAUCAGGCAAUAUUCUUCCGUGGUCCGACUUCUGGAAGAGCGACUCGCCUUCCGCUGGGCAUGUGGAAGCUCUGGACCAGUAUCUUGCGCCGCGAGGAGGCCUUGUGCUCCACGGGAUCAUGACGACGGUCUUCAUAGCCGCAUCGGCAUCCAUCAGAACUGUCCUGGAAUCAGUCAGUAUGCCUGGGUUGAUCCAGACUUAUGCGCACUGCAUCAUUCUGACUAUCAUGGGCUUUGCCGUCCUCAGACUUCCGUCGAGGACAAAGCAUCUCGAUCAAGUCGGUCGUGGGGACCAUAACAGUGACACGGGAAUGGAUGGUCAGGGAGAAGGCAGCGGGUGGGAAUGGGACCUGAAGUUGAGGUACUGCGAGGGAUGGUGGCGAUAUGUCCCAGCAUCCUUCUGCGUUGUGUAUGGACUGGCGAAUCUGUGGGUUGUCAUCCUCAGCAUCAUACCUCCCUACCGCGACCAAGAUGGAUUUCCCAUCACUGGCACCUCGUGGAGCAACUCGACUGAUGGCAAGACCUUGACCUGCAAGGACUCGGGUUCCAGCGUGAACCUGACAUUUCCCUACCCAGUCGCCCUCGACGAGGAGGACGCGCUGCAAGGCUGGAUCCUUCCGGCCACGACGUUCGGGGUCAUGUUCUUCGCCACUUGCUACUAUCUAGCAGUCUUUGGCUCCAGCCAAGAGCCGCCGUUCUGGCGGUGGUGCCUGACUCAAUGGGCCGGCGUCCGACCGGUCAUCAGCAAAUGGGAAGGGUACGAUUGGCGGCUGGAACAAGUCCGCCGGUUCGGGAGGAGGCGCGACAUUGCAUUCGACAAGAGAAACGGCAAUGCCCAGGUGGGGAUCUUGUACUGGCUCGGAGGCGGGUCGAGCCUGUUUGUCAACAACAGCAGAAGCCACCCGGUGGAGCGCUGGGACGAUUUCUGGCAUAGAAGGGGGGAGGCGUGGCACGAGUUUAAGAAACGAUAUCUGAGACGGAGGAGGCGCAGUGACUGA